UCUUUGGGUAGCGUACAGGAAGUAGCCAGCAGGUGCCACCGGAAGUGUGUGAGUCCAGCCCUAGUGAAUAAGGAGAAGCUAACGGCAUUUAAUAGCAGCAUCCCACUCAUUAUUUACAGCAUCUGUUACAGAUUGUGUUGUGUCUCAGCUGAAAUGAGCACCGCUGUCCCAAAUCAUCGACGGACCAAGCCCGGAGGCAUAAAGCCUGGGGCAGCAUCCCAAGGCGUCACUGGACCAACCUCCCAGAUCCCUGGACUGUGCCAGACUGCCACCGAAAGCACUCCAGUGGAGAGGAUCAGUGGCCGGAGAGUGGGGAUCUUUGAGACAGAUUCUGACUAUGUCAAGCUGGCAAAGCAGGGGGGACACAAAGGGCUUCUGAGUCACGAUGUUGAUGUUGAUGAGAAGCCAAGGAAGGCCUACAAUCCAACCAACUGGUUUGGAGGUGAUGACUCAAAGAGUGGAAGUAAAGCGACCUCUCCUGACAGCCACAUGAGGGGUGGCAGGCAGACUCUGACUGCACCUUUUGGCACUGAUAGCGAUGUAUCCUGGGAGAAUGAACAUGAGAGGUUUUCCCCGGGUAAAGAAAAGAUGUCUCCUGAUGGUGCUGCUGAUCAGAUGGAGAGUUUGUCCCUAACCAACAAAUACAAGAGAACGUCAUAUGAUAAGAAGGCUCCUCCAGUCAGCAUGUCCAAGCUGCUGAGUCAUGGAUACGUGGAGGAGAAGAAGAAGUCUCCCAAUGACGACGACACCUCAAGCGUGACCUCAGAACAGACCAGCACUGUCAUGACGGAGGACGUGGACGACCUGGAGUAGACGCAUUCUCAUCUGGAGGGAAACCGGGGAGUUCAUCCAAACACUGGUUCAUGGUGCCACAAUCUACCAACACACCACUCCACCCCUCUUGGAUUCACUCACAUUUCUUGUACAUCCACUGACUGUUACGUUUUGUAUCCAUGUUUAUGCAAAGGUACCGUCCUAUUUAUUUGCUUUAUUUUGUAAAAAGAACAAAAAAAGAAACAGAAAUGAAAUGGUUUUUGUUGAGUAGAUGUAUUGGUGCUGACAGUAUUUUUGAUUUCUGUAUCGUGAUACUCGAUUUGAAAGAGCGUACAGGGCAGGAAACUAACAGAUCCUAAAAAGAAAUCCACAUUCACAUCUACUCUCUAGAAUCUUGUGCUAGAACAGACUGGGACUGUUAGUUUCCCUCCCUGGUUGUAUGAAGAUCGAGUUGGUGACUGUUAAAAGUGUUCAUGCUAAUCAAUUGUGGUUGCAGUGAUGUGAAAUCUAACUUGUUUUGAUCAAGGGCUCCUGUGCUCUGAAGGUGAAGGGAAGUCGGGAAAGUCUGUUUUUUUGUUUGUUUUUUUGUUUUUUGUUUUUUUUGGAGGGACCACAUGCCAAAGUGCAUACUGAUUCAUUCACUUUAGGUGGCCAGAAUGAGAGUAAAAACUGCAGUUCUGCAGAGGGUUGGAAGUCAGUGUUCUGCAUUUAGUAUUGUGUUCUUUUGGAGUAUUGCUUUAGCUGUGUUUUAUGUUUGUAAGGAUAUAGAAUUAAAACAAAAAGCCUCAGAAGUGGUGGCCAUAAUGACUCAAAGUGCCAGUGCCAAGUGAGGUCCCUGCAUAACCUUAAAAAGUCUUAAAUUUAGUUGAUUUUCACCAUCUAAAAAUGUCUUAAAAUGUCUAGAAAUCUAGGAGAGGUGGUUUUUAAAUGAAUCUGAGGAAGAAUGGAUAGGUGUCACUCUUUAUUUUACCUGUAGUUUACAUCCACAAUAAUGUCCCCUUUCAUGUUUACGUACAAAAAAAAGCGCCAAAUGUAGUUGAUUUGCAUCCCUUAGUUUGGUUUGGCAUCUUAUUUUUUCCCCUUUUAAAACUAUAAAAGUCUUAUGUUGUUAAAUUUGUGCUUUAAAAAACCUGCAGAUACCCAAGUGCUUCCGAAUGGUUCAACUUGUGCUUCAUUUUUCUGGUUUUUCUUGCAUUUUCCUUAGGUUUACAAACUCCAAACUCCUGCUCCAUCCCAUUUUAACGUCCACCUUCUGCAGGCUGACGAGCUAAAAGUCAAUUCUUGUGUAAUUCCCUGUGCAGAUUAAGCCGGACCGGAUUUGAAAAAGUGAGUUCUGAACAUGCCAACCAAGCAGCUUUUCCCUGCUCAUGCAGUGUUUGUAGAUUUCAAGUAGGAGAAGUUAGCAUUAGUGCACAGCCUGAUCACAUCCUUCAUAUGACUUCCAUGUGUUUUAUCGAUCUGAGUCCAUUCAGUUCACAUGAGACGCAGUUAAUGCACCUCCAGCCCCUGAGGGAUUCCCACUCCUACUUUUUCAUCGCGCCGUCAAGUUUUAAUUCAAGCAAAAAACAGAAAUUCUCAUUAAUUCUGCCACUGACGGAGCACCUCGACUGGAUUUCCGUGACAUUUGACGGACAGUUCAGCCUGGAGUCGUUUAACGGCUCUGAUUCUUCCACUGUUACCGUGAACCCGACAGCGACAGUAAGACCCUAAUCCUCCAGGGACAUUUGCCAGGUGGAGAAAUUGAUCUUAAAAUGAAAAGGAAGGAGGUGCAAGCCUGGGUUUGUCCUCCUGAAAGCAUUUCUGUUCAGUCUGCAGCAGAAACUCGCUCUCAUUUGAAGUGAAUGGAACCCACUCUUACAGGAGAUGUGUCAUGUACGGCAGGUGACUACGUUUACAUGCACUUAACACUCCACUUUUUGCCCUAAUUCUGAAAAUAACAUUAUCCCUAAUAGAUAGACAGACAGAUGGAUGUGCUUUAUUGAUCCCAAACUGAGAAAUUACAGUUUAGCAGCAGCAUCAUACAGUAAAAAAAAUAUAUAUAAAAAAAUAGAACAGAAGACUGAAUACACUAUUCCGAAUCAAUUAGAAGUAUAUAAACAGACCUGGGUAAUUAAACGGUUAAGUGUAAAAAAAUAAACUGUAAUUUUCAGAAUAAUGAAGGUGCAAUAUGACACAGUAAGUGCAGAGUGAAUAGGCUGUUUUCAUGGCCUAAGAAAAUGAAUAUUCCACUAAUGUUCCUGUUUACAUCCAGCUGUGAAUACUCUGAUUAAACAUAGAAUGAUAUCAAAGUUUUGGCUCAUAUUUUGAAGUAAUUUAAGACGGGUUCCUGGAUUUAAGGCAAAGAAAUAUAAAUGUUGCCUUUGGUUUUAGUAGUUAUAUCUGCAUAAGCUUUUUUCAAACAAAACACAAUGCUAGCUAGUGUGCUCCAAUGUUAGUUAGCGGCGUAAUAGAUGUUUGUAGCGCUGCAGCUAUUGAUUAUUUUCUUUGAUUCAAUUAAACAAUUAUUUGAGUACGUGAAAAAUUAGUCAAAAUGAGAAGAACAUAUAUAAACAACAAACUAGUCCAAUGACCUCUACAAACAAUGUGUGCACACAUUUGGAUCCAACUUAUUAACAACUUAAGAUGAAAUUAAUAUAUAUAUAACUGUGUGUUGAUCCUGGCGUCAUGUGUGCCACAAUAAGCGUCCGUGUGAAACGACAACAGUGGAUCCAAUAUUUAGCAGCAGCGAAAUGAAGUAAACAAAGCUUUGAUUCAGGAAAAUUCUAAUCAAUUUUUUAAAAUUAGUUUGAGUCAAUUAAUUAUUUCAGCUCUAGAUGUUUGCAGAUAUGAAAACAGCCGACAUUAGAUGUGAGUUAAGGACAGUUGGCCAGUUCUAGACUCUGUGAAAAUAAGAAAAAAAAAUUAGUUUAUAUUAAAACCAAAAGAUUCACGAUUUUAAGAAAACAUUUAUGACUGUAGCACCACUUCAUUUCAUUAAUAAAGAAAAUGUAGCUCAUGUUUAAUCUCAUUAGCAGCGUAUAUUUGGCAAGAAAAACCUCUAUUUAAUAAGGAAUAAUCAGAAUCUUGUAUUUCAUCACUAGUAAAACCAAAGGUACCAUUUAAUUGAAAGUAGAACAGUUUAUUUCUCUGCAUAAAUAAUCAGGUUUUCAGUACAAACACCUAAAAGUAGAAUACAGUCGGCAUGUCCCAUUUAGAAAAAGGUCUAAUUCCAGUUAUUGAAAUAAAUUAUGCUGUUUACACGACCCACAGCAAAUUCAGAGUAAUGUGCAUGUGAACGUAGUGGCUUUUUCUUUUAUUCAUAUAAAUAAACAGUAAAAUCUUUAUAUGAUAUGACAGUUGAGUGUUGUUGCUUUACUGUUUGAAGUGACACUGGAUUUUCUUUUGCAGUACAAAGAAUGGCGAAUGUAUCAUGUUUUUGAUAUUGUUUGCUUUGGGAAACGGGUUUAUUUUUACAAAGUGUUAAAUAUUCAGGUACAGUAUUUUCAGUAUUCCCAGUGUUUCGGUCGUGUUUGUCCCUCCUCUCGGUCGCAGUUUGCAAACCGACGACCUUCAGCGCCUCCACUUUUGCAAAGCCCUCUAUCAUGUCUUGUUUCUCGCGUGUCCCUCCUGUGCUUUUUUAUCUGCAAGUGGCUACUGUUCAUUUUGCAAACAUGGCAGCAGAGGAGACUGACGACGGCAGCUCAUGUGUUUGUAGUGACGAGAAAAUCACCUGACACAGCUCAAUGUAAGACCCUGCACACAGACGUCGAAUUAUCAUUGAAAUAAAUGGGCAUGUGCAUGUA